CCAGAAUGAAUGCGAUAAUACGUGUAACCUCAUGUGUACGGGCAUGUAGAAAUUGUAAAACUCUGCUCUGAGUAGAUCAAGCAUGAAAAUGGUCGGAUUCGGCACGCUCAAUCUUCAAAGCUCCCUAGCGAAGUGAAUAGCUUCAACUCCAGUCCAUGUUUUCGACACAUCCCGAUAAUACCAUCACCUUUUCAACUAAUCAAAUCAGCAUUACUCCAGCCGCUCAACCUUCUUCUCCAGCACUAACCGAUCAACCCCACCUCAUCUCCUCUCUUCCAUUAACGUCAGAUCUGCAUGCUUCAAGUCCCUCUCAGUUCUCCGCCGCAUCGGAUUCCAUCGCCAGCGCUCCCGACCGCUCGCCUACGCCGGAGCGCGACCUCCCAGAGACCGACCGUACCCCCAAUCGCGACCGUAGCACGAUGCCCGCCACAAGCUCCGACUCCCAGAAGCCCGAUUCCCGUCCUCCAAGCUCCGGAGACGGCAACCGCGCGUCCACCCAUCUCAAAGUCCAAUCGACGCCCCAGCCACGUCGCAUCCACUCUAGUCCACCGAUCCCCGGCCAACCUCACGAAGGGCUGAACUCAAUCAUCCGCGCCGGAUUGUUUUCCCCGAACCAAGCGAACACCCCCGGCGACGCAUCGGGGAUCACGCCGCAGAAACGGCGCGAGGCACCUCUGCCCGCGAAGGCGAUGGGCGAGCCGGGGGAGGCGAUCGAGGCGUUUCCGUGGGAGGACCUGGCGCGGCGACAUCUGGACAUGGUGGAGGAGUUCGAGCAGAGGGAGGGCCAGUUGAAGGAGGAGUGGGAGAGAUUGAUGGCGUACUUCGCGGUUUGGGCGCGGACCAGCAGUGGCGCUGAAGUGGAGAGGGCGAGCAAACGGUUGAAAACUCGGGUGUAUCACGUGCAAAAUUCGGAGCAGAACCUGGAUCUGAAGAGGCAACAUUACUUGCGCGUUGUCGAAGCGUUUCAGAGCGCGCUUAAGCUCCUGGAAGGCUCUUGAAGUUGCCGAAUACCGCUACUUUAGCUACCGAAAAGUUACCCCUAGCCAUCCGGUGGAGUACGUCCUCCCAAGAGAGGUAUGCCAUUGCGAACUCGACUCUUCACAAGGGCCCAAUGUCGCUCAAUGCAGCAUUCGCAGCAUGAUUAGGGAUUUAUGAGGUGUACGAUCAUAAUGGUUGGCAUGGGUCGGUGACCUGCGCCGAGAACAAAGACACUGUAUAAUUCACAUUGUAUGACUAGCUUUGCCGCGGG